GGGAUGAGUUUCUGAACAACGAACAGUUCGAGAGGAAAAAUCAGGAGAGAGAAAGCAAAAGAUCUGAGGGAAGGAGAUCGGUAUCCUGUUGCCUUGCCGGAGCUCAGCCGCCUGUGAUUUCUCCGGCAACUUCUCGUUGGAAGCUUCACCGGAUAGCCGAUCUCACUCGUAAUAAUGACAACAUCAAGGAGACUUGCUGAUAGGAAGGUCCAGAAGUUUGAGAAGAAUAUUACCAAGCGGGGUGCUGUCCCUGAGACUAGCACCAAGAAGGGAAAUAACUUGUCUGUCGGACCUAUCUUGCUUGGGUUUUUCAUUUUUGUUGUCAUUGGAUCAUCGCUGUUCCAGAUAAUCAGGACGGCAACAAGUGGAGGGAUGGCUUAACCACAUUAUGUGUUGUGUCGUCGGUCCGUCUUAGACUGUUGUAAUGUCUUUGUGGUGGUUAGCCCAGAUCUAGUAAACUGAGUGCUUGAAGUAGCUUACAGUGCAGUUUUGUUGUGAAGACUGUUGACAAAACCUUUACCAUAAUAAAUUUCUUCUUUUUUUAUUUUCUUCCCGUCUUCCUCUAAUUCAUUGUCCUUUAGGAUAAUUACAAUGGCCUCUCUGAAUGUUAAUCGAAUUAUGGGUUUAGAACAUUAGUCCAUCUCCAGUGGCCCCAA